AAAUGUCUGGAGCAAUCGUGACAAGAGAGAAACACAGUCUGCGCAACCCGACUUCAGGAAGACCAGAAACUUUGAACAGGACUCAGCUCUCCUUUCGAAUUUGGGAAAGAAGAACAAAAGAGAUUCUCAUUUGUUGAGGAGCCACUGCUACCACUGCCAUGAGUUCUCAGACGAGCUUUGGCACCAGCAUGCUGUUCCAGACUAUAAAUGAUGACCUGAAUGCAUCGCUGGCUACAGCAGAUGAGUUAUCCAGAGAGUUCAACUCCCUGCUGAAGGAGGCCUCCUCUAACAACAACACUCAGACCAGCUCUGUCGUCUCCACAGAGAAGCCUCUGUCCUCCGGGCUGUCCAGCACCUCUAUCACGACCAGGGAGUCUAUUGGCAGCAGUAAUGGCAGCUCCAGCUCUAAGCCUUCGAGGGAAACAACUGUCCGUCCCAUGGACUCUGUCUUCUUCAGCAAUAAAAACACUUCUCCUGUCUUCACCAGCCCACUCUCAUCCCCCAAGAUCCAGAGGGAGACGCACUCUCCACUUCCUCGAACUGGAUCCGACAGCUACUUGUACGGCCAGCAGAGUCCCAGACAGUCGCCUCAAAGCACAAGGAAAAGCUCCCCUUCUUUUUACGACAAGAGCCCACGAGGCUCAAUUAAUUACAUUGAUAGAAGCCCUUCUCCGAGCCGCACUUUGGACCAGACGCCUUGGUCUGCCUCGCCCCUCUCCCCCUCCAAAUUGCUGAACCCUUACGACAACAGCCAGAUGGGCCGCAGGUCGCCUCGCGAAGACAAGAUGCGCUCCCCUUUGUCUUUCAACCAUCCGAUGUCCAACACGCUCCCUCGAAAUUUUGGCGGUUUCAGGCAACCUGAUGAGGGUGUGCAGCGACCAAAUAACUCUGGCAAGUGGAAUGAGACAGAUCUAGACGUGUUCUACGACAAGAAACCUCACCACACCUAUGACAAGACAGAGUGGCUACAGCCGUCUGUGCCAAAUAGCAGCUGGAGAGAAUCCAAUCUCGAUGGCCCUCCUCCGGCUCCAAGCCCCAAAAAGGAUCCUCGCUCUCAAACUCUCAAGUUGUCCCAUUGUUCUCUCCCCCGUAACGCACGUAUAACAGUACCUCCAGAGAGCCAAUCCCCAGUCCACUCCCCAUACCACCCUCAGCCCAUCAUCUCCCGUAUUUCUAUCCCCCCAACUUCUACUCCAACCCGCCAGCGCAAGCCCAUCCCUCUCUCCGUCAUCAUGCGUCUGCAAAACCCCCACUGGGGAGCAAUGUCAGCCCACCACCCCAGAGUCCUGAGAGUAGAGGGUGAUAUGGCCCCUUACCUACCGCCUGUACCCCUUCCGAGGGAAUUCUUUCACCAACCUGUACCAUAUCCACUGCAGCGCCCACCUGAGCUGAGACAGCCAGCCGUAUACAGUGACGUACUGAACUCAAGAGAUAUAGAUGCAGAGUUAGAGCGGCUGGACUUAGUUCAUCACAUGCCUGUGAUUUCGGAGAAUCUCAGCAUGCCAGAGGGCAGAAGGGAGGGCGCAGCCCCAGCACCCCGACCCCUCAGCCCCACCAGACUACAGCCAGUGGUGGCCCAUGAGUCCCAGAGCAAAAAGAUAGCUGACAUGGAAGAGCUGCUCCGCAUCCGGGCAGAAAUCCCCCGGGCCCUGAGGAGAAGGGGCUCCGUAGAUCAGUUGCAGCCCCUGAAGAGCGCCUCCCACUACCAGCCGAACCAGUACAAAAAUCUCAUCGACAAGCUUUUUCGCAGGAAGGCCCACCGCCAGAAGGGGGAGCAUGGUAGCGAGACCAGCAGCUCCUCAGAGGGAGAGGACUUUGCUACACCUCCUGCGCAUACACCUGCAACAACGAUGCAUCAUGAACUCUACCAUUCCAUCCUGCGGCGGCCCAAGCGGGAGCAAAAGCACUCUGGAAAGCAUGCUCGACUCAGCCCGCUCAUCCUGCUACUGGACGGAGCGUUGGUGGGAGAACUGGAGACAGUGCAGAGGGCCGUGCAGGAGAUGAACGACCCUAGCCAACCCAAUGAUGAAGGCAUCACUGCCCUUCACAAUGCCAUCUGCGGGGGCCAUUACAAUGUGGUGGACUUCCUGGUUCGCAUUGGGGCCAAUGCCAGCGCACCGGACAGCCACGGCUGGACUCCGCUGCAUUGUGCAGCCUCUUGUAACGACCGUCCUCUGUGUGAGUUUUUGGUGAGGAAUGGAGCUGCUGUCAUGGCCAUCACGGAGAGCGACGGCGCCACUUCCUCCCAGAAGUGUGAUCCUUACGCUGUUGGGUUUGACGAGUGUGAGAGCUUCCUUAGGGAGAUGGAGGAGGCCAUGGGGGUGGAGAACAGUGGGGUGCUGUACGCUCUGUGGAGCUACCCGGCCCAGGCAGCCGAUGAGCUGAGCUUCAAGGAGGGAGACAUGAUCACCAUCCUGCAGAAAGCUGAGGUGGCCGACUGGUGGUGGGCCUCACUCUGUGGCAGGGAGGGCUUUGUUCCAAACAACUACUUUGGGCUUUUCCCGAAGGUUCGACCAAAAUCUCUCUGCUAAAUUGUCUCUGGAUGAUGGUCAAACUGGUGCAGAGGACUGUGUCAAAAAGGAGGAAAAGUGCUGUUGAAGGAGAAGUCUUAAGUAUUUAUUUUGGCCUCAUUGACAAGGAUAAAUCAGAGCAAGUACAAGACAUCGUUUGUACCGGCUUUGCUGUAGGAUAUAUUUUUCUAGUACAGCUACAACUGUGCUAAAUCUCUUCUGUCAAGCUAUGCUAUGCAUGUUUAUCACAAUGUUACAAAAGGGGCCAUAUUCCCUGCUGUUUUGCGUUGACAUUUCCGACUCCUUGGCCGGGUUAGUAAUCAGAAUGCAAAUUGUGGCUGUUGGUGUUCAGACCACUCAUCAGCGAGGUCAAUUUAGCUGUGUGUUGUCAACAAACACGUCCAAUUGAUUGCUCAAUUUAGAAAAGAUCUGCUUCGAGUGCAAUCAACCUACUCAUUACUGGAGGAGAGUUGCCUGCAGCUACAUCAAAGAAGCAUCGAACUGUAACUUGAAAGAGUGGUGAGGAGUUUGACAUGGAGCUCUUCAUCUUUAACGAUGUUACUCAUAUGUUCUCUGUGUACAUAUCAAUGUUUUUGCAAAUAGUUUAUCCAAUGGAUCUGAAUUUAAACAAACAGUCGUUAUUUUCAAAAGUAAAAUGUUAUUUUUGAUGUUUAGUUUUCAUACUGAUGUGGGUGAAGACAUUUUUUAAAUAAGCCACAGCAGAGACUAAACUGCAUCUGGCUGGUUUCUACUUGUUUCUAAUUUUAUACACGAUGUAGGUCCUUAAUGCUGCCUAUAUAACUUCAUCUCUUCGGAAGAGAACGAUUUUGUAUGACAAUGGAAGUCGUCUUUUGGUGGAUGUGUGUGUAUUCACAUUCACAGUGGUAGAAUUAGAGCAAAUGUUUGGUGAUGCGUGUGUGUUUUUAUCAGUUUUCAACACUUUUGUUUCUAGGAACUGCUUUGCACUUAACCUGUAACCCAUCUGACGGGACACACAGUGAACAAAUGUUUAAAAACUCAAUAAAUACAUGUGACACAUGUUUUUUUGUUUCCAUUGAAAUAAAUUGUUACAGCUG